UGGGGCGCGGGGCAGCGCCGCCGCUUUCGGAGCGUUUGCGGGCGCGGAGCGGCUGCGGCACCGCCGAGUUCGCGCCUCCGCGGGCACCGGGCGCUCCCGGCUCCUCCCGCCGGCACGCCGAGGCAGCACCAGGCUGCCCGGGAAGGGGUGGGCGGGUAGGCAGUUGGGUAGGUAGGAAGGAAGGUAGGGGAGAGUCGGCAGGGUCCCGCUGCCUCCUCAUCGUCAUGGCCGGCUCGGAGUACCGGGAGGACGGGGACGCGCCGCUGCCCAUCGAGGAUUCGGAGCUGGCGCUGGCCGGCAUCAAUAUGCUGCUGAACAACGGCUUCCGCGAGUCCGACCAGCUCUUCAAGAAAUACAGGAACCAUAGCCCAUUAAUGAGUUUUGGAGCCAGUUUUGUCAGUUUUUUGAAUGCCAUGAUGACAUUUGAAGAGGAGAAAAUGCAACUGGCAUGUGAUGACUUGAAGGCUACAGAGAAACUUUGUGAAAGUGAAGAAGCUGGAGUUAUAGAAACAAUCAAGAAUAAAAUUAAAAAGAAUGUUGAUGGACGAAAAUCUACUCUAUCCAUGAUAGAUCGUCUACAAAGACAAAUAAUUGUAGCAGACUGUCAAGUCUACUUGGCUGUGCUCUCGUUUGUAAAGCAAGAGUUAUCAGCGUACAUAAAAGGUGGGUGGAUACUCCGAAAAGCCUGGAAAAUUUACAAUAAGUGCUAUACGGACAUUAAUACACUUCAGGAAAUAUAUCAGAAGAAAACAACUCAGGAAUCCUUGACUUCUGAUGCUGCAAAUGAUAAUCAUAUUGCUGCAGAAGGUGUAACGGAGGAUUCGCUAAACAGACUGAAAGGUGCUGUUAGCUUUGGAUAUGGACUUUUUCAUCUUUGCAUAUCCAUGGUGCCCCCAAACCUGCUCAAAAUCAUCAACCUGCUGGGUUUUCCUGGAGACCGCCUACAGGGGCUUUCCUCACUGAUGUAUGCAAGUGAAAGUAAGGACAUGAAGGCCCCUUUAGCUACAUUAGCUCUGUUGUGGUACCACACAGUUGUUCGUCCCUUUUUUGCCCUUGAUGGCAGUGAUAACAAGGCAGGAUUGAAGGAGGCAAAAGAAAUUCUUGCCAAAAAAGAAUCUGCUUAUCCAAAUUCUUCUCUGUUCAUGUUCUUCAAGGGAAGGAUACAGCGAUUAGAGUGUCAAAUUAAUAGUGCCUUGACCUCAUUUCAUACUGCUUUGGAACUUGCAACAGACCAAAGGGAGAUUCAACAUGUCUGCUUGUAUGAAAUAGGUUGGUGCAGCAUGAUAGAGAUGAACUUCAAAGAUGCAUUUGAAUCCUUUGAAAGGCUUAAAAAUGAAUCCAGGUGGUCCCAGUGCUACUAUGCUUAUUUAACAGCAGUGUGUCAAGGAGCCACUGGUGAUGUCAAUGGUGCUCAGAAUGUGUUCAAGGAAGUUCAGAAGCUUUUCAAAAGAAAAAACAAUCAGAUUGAACAAUUUUCAGUGAAAAAGGCAGAUAGAUUUAGGAAACAAAUGCCAACCAAAGAGCUCUGUGUCCUGGCAUCCAUUGAAGUGUUAUACUUAUGGAAAGCCCUUCCAAACUGUUCCCUCUCGAACUUACAGCACAUGAGUCAAGCUUGUCAUGAUGUGGAUGAUUCAUCGGCUGCUGGUUUGAGGAAUUUGCUUCUUGGUGCCAUACACAAAUGUUUAGGAAAUUCUGAAGAUGCUAUUCAGUACUUUCAGCGAGCUGCUAAAGAUGAACUCUGCCGUCAAAGCAACUUGUACGUCCAGCCAUAUGCUUGCUAUGAACUUGGCUGUAUCCUGUUAGACAAUCCAGAGACUGUGCCAAGAGGCAAAACCUUACUGCUCCAAGCCAAGGAGGAAUUUUCUGGCUAUGACUUUGAGAACAGAUUGCACGUCCGCAUACAUGCAGCCUUAGCCUCUCUAAGGGAAGUGGUUCCACAGUGACCAACAGGAAGGCUUGCUAUCAUUUCCUACAGUUCCUGCACUUUAGGAUGAAGCAGAAGAAAGAGCUGUUGGGAAGUCCAGCUUUUCUUCUGAAAACCACUUGUGCCAGAGACACUUUCCUAGUAUGGUCAGAGUUGUUACGGCUGAGUAAAAACAUUACAAUUUUAACUAAAGGUAAAUCAACCAGGAAGAAGGUUAAGUGACCUUGUGUUUUUAACUCUUAAUUUUUUAUUUUGUUCAAACCAAGCUGUAUACAAUUACUUGCAGCUUUGUGGGUGAGCCUAAAUAAAAGCACAUGAUUUACUUCAACAACAUUGGCAAGGUUGAUUUUUACCUUUUAAAACAGAUCUAUAUCUAAAAUUUGCCAGGCGGAGUACUUUUGGUUGGAUUAGAAUAAUGCAAUAUAAGUAAUUGAUUUAAGUGUUGAACUUCGAAAUGGUCAGAAUACUCCUUUUUCUCCAAAUAUUAGCCAGUACACAGGAGGAGGAGGAAAAAGCCGCAAAGAACAGAUCUUACUAAAUUUUAGUGGCUUAUGCCAGUUACCUCAUGAUGGUGAAUUUUAAACCUCUCACCCCCUUUUAUUAUUUAUCCCUUUUCUCCCAACCCGGCUCAUUUUUGUGAUAUAAAUGAUGUCAAUAUUUAAGUUUUUUGCUUCUGGUACAUUCCACACAAAUACUUUGACAUCCAGCUACUGCUUGAGCAGUUCUUAUUUUGGCUCUUAUGUUCUGAAUAUCGUGUUAAGAUUUUUCAUUGCUUUUCAUGUUUUUCAUUCAAGCUGCUGGAUCCUUAUAGCAGUGACCUUUAAAAGGUAUUUAAAAAACCUGCAACCAAACAAAAUGCCAACCCACAAAUCUGCUUUGAUAGUUACACCAAUAUUACAAUAUCUUUGGUCUCUGUAUAGUAUUUCAAGCCUGUGGUGUUAAGUUAUUGAAAUACCUCAGAGAGCCUAAAACUUUUGUCAUGACAAUAUAAUUUCUAAUACUUGGCCAUCAGUGUGCUUAUCUAGCUUUUUUUUAACUUUUGUCUGUAAUGUGUAGUAUUACCUUAUAUUUUAUAUUCAGCUAAUGUUAUAAUCUAGGAAGGUAAAUAUUUUUUUAAAGAAGCUUAUGAAUGGAAAUCUGACCAUAAAGUUAGUUGAAUUAUAUUACUUUGCAAAGCUAAGAAAACUGGAUAUCCUUGGAAAUAGUUAUCCAAAAGCCUUAUCUUUACUUUGGUCAGGUUGCCUUAAACAGUUCCUUAGCUUAAGCUUUUGUUUUAUUUUGUUUUCUUGGUUUUUUUUUUUUUUUGCUUUGUUUUGUUUUGUUUUUGUUUCUUCUUACCUUUUUGUAGACCAUGUUGCCAAAGUUCUAGACUUUGCCCACACCUAACCUUCAUUGGUUUGCUUUUGAGGUUACAUCUAAAGCAAGACUGAUAUGGAGGAGAGAAAUAAUGUCCUGUUUGGUAGGCCAAAUGAAAUGGUUGAGACACUUUUAUUUCUCUCUAGAAAGACACAGUUCUGCUAUGAAAGGCAUUCCUAGAGCAGUUUAACACUUCUGUUGCAGUUCCUGAAGGAGAAGAGGAACUCUUAAAAAAACCAGUUUUAUUUUUCUAUAAUCUAGGUGUGUUACAGGUAGUAGACUGGGUUUUUUUUAUUCCACUUUGACAGUAAUAUUGAGUCAUAAAUGAGUGUUCAACCUUAUUUGGUCAAUCCAAAUAAGUAUUGACUAGAAAAUGUUUUAUUGUAUAUGUAUAUAGUGACUGCUUAGAGUUCAAAUAAUUAUUUUAAAAAUGGGUUAUAAUGUACUUGAAAUCUUAUUUUGUCCUAUCUGACUUCUAAUGUUUUGCAAUCAGACAGUCUAUUCUGGGUAAAUAGCUGGGAAUGGUGCAGCUACUGGCAUAAUUCUUUUUAAAUACACUCCUUAAAUAUGACGUGAGACUUGGCUGUUCAGGACACAAAGCACCUGCAUGCAAUUUGUGUUGGGAUAUUUAGAGUCUGCAUACUUGGAGGUAGCUAGAAAAUUGUAGUAAAUUUACUAAAAGGCCUGUUCUCACCAGGCUAGGAGUGGGUAUAGAAAGACACUAUAUGUUCAUGUAACAGUUCAAUAACUCUGUGCAAAGUGCAGCUUUCCUGUGGGCUUAGCAAAUCAUCACAACUGUAUGUUUCUGUAUUAUUUUUCCCCCCAUCCUUGUAGGAGACCCUCCUACACUGUAUAUGGCAAAAUUAUUUUUAUGUUAGAUUGUGCCUGUGAUGAGAAAAAAUUCAAUGGUCUUUUGUGUAAACUAGUAAGUUUUUAUACCGUGGAACUCGGAGGCAUGGUCUAAUAGCAAUAAUGGAAUAUGCAUCUUGCUAAUUAAUAUAUUAAGGCCAUCUUUACUGGGACAGGUAUUUUUUGUUGAUGUUGAUGCAGUUUUUAUCUCAGUACAGCUCAUUUCAAAUAAAUAACUAGAAUUUUUAGAUGUCACAAGGUGGCAUAUUUAUUGUGAUGUACUGUAAAUGUUGUUAAUUUACAGAACUUGCACUUUUAUAUUUCUGAGUAAAAUUAAAAGAAAUGUGGACAUGAA